CAUCCAGGAAGGGCUGGUAGGCUGGUGAGACAGUAACGUGUGCUGCAAGUGUUGGCAGAGCUCAGGUCUUCUGUUGGUGAGAAGUGUACAGAGCAGAGGAAGGAGCCCAGUCCUGGAGAAUGACUUCUACAAAGGACCCCGUAGUCAUUGUGUCUGCUGCCCGCACACCUAUAGGUUCAUUUAAUGGAGCCCUGUCCACUCUGCCGGUUCAAACCCUGGGCACCGUAGUGAUCGGUGAAGUUCUGAAGAGAGCUGACAUUAAACCAGAUGAAAUCUCUGAAGUUAUAUUUGGACAUGUGUUGACAUCAGGUACUGGGCAAAACCCAACUCGCCAGGCUGCUGUAGGAGCCACAAUUCCUUACUCUGUUCCUGCAUGGAGCUGCCAGAUGAUCUGUGGUUCAGGCCUAAAGGCAGUAAGCCUUGGAGCUCAGUCCAUACUGACUGGGGAGUCUGAUAUUGUGGUUGCCGGUGGUAUGGAGAACAUGAGUCAGGCUCCUCACUUGGUCCAGAUGCGAGCAGGUGUGAAAGCUGGGGAUGUCCCAUUACAAGACAGCAUACUUUGUGACGGUCUUAAUGAUGCCUUUUACAAGUACCACAUGGGAAUAACUGCUGAAAAUGUGGCCAAACAAUGGAAAAUAUCCAGAGAGGAGCAGGACCAGCUAGCAGUUCAAUCACAGAACAGGACUGAGGCUGCACAAAAGGCUGGCCAUUUCGACAAAGAAAUUGUAUUCGUUGAAGUGCCUUCCAGGAAAGGUCCAGUUGUAGUGAAAGCCGAUGAAUUUCCUAGACAUGGCAGCAGUUUAGCAGCAAUGGCAAAAUUAAAACCUUAUUUCCUCAAGGAUGGGACUGGAACGGUAACCCCUGCCAAUGCCUCAGGAAUUAAUGAUGGAGCAGCAGCAGUGAUUCUCAUGCGGAAGUCCGAAGCACAUCGCAGACACCUCUCACCUUUGGCACAGAUUGUGUGCACAGCUCAGGCUGGUUUGGAUCCAUCAGUUAUGGGAGUUGGACCAAUCCCAGCCAUCAAAAAAGCUGUUGAAAAAGCUGGAUGGAGCCUUGAUGAUGUGGACGUAUUUGAAAUAAAUGAAGCAUUUGCAGCACAAGCAUUGGCAAUUGUCAAAGAAUUGGGGUUAAACCCUGAUAAGGUUAACAUUCAAGGAGGUGCCAUAGCUCUGGGACAUCCUCUUGGAAUGUCUGGUUGUCGAAUUUUGGUGACCCUUCUUUAUGCUCUGGAAAGAACUGGUGGGAAGAAAGGAGUGGCUGCCCUAUGUAUAGGUGGAGGCAUGGGAAUAGCAAUGUGUGUUGAACGAACCAGCUAAAAUCAGCAUUAUCCAUGCCUGCACUUGUUAUUUUUUUCUGAUUUUUUAAGGUUCAUCUUUUCUUUUUUUCUUUUUUUAAACACAUGCUCACGGGUUAAUAGAAAACAGCAACUGUUCCUAUUACAAAGUGCAAGUAUUGAAGAUGCACUGUAACAUUCCACUCAAGUUGCAAGUAAUUUUAGACAUAACUAAUCAUUAUUUUAGUAUAUUUUUAGCUUUAAUUUUAUACUUUUUGGAUUAAAUAUUCAUAUGUUUGGCAUCAAAACAAACUACAAGAAAGCAGAGUUUUUUUUUUACUAGGUUUUGCACAGAACAGUUGCAUUUACUGUGUAUGGAAGUUUAAGAAAAAAAAAACCAUUAACAAUAGUGGUUACUGAAAUACCAUUCUUUGACGAUGUUGGCUUUUGUAGUAGUUAAUAAAAUGACUUAAAUCGCAA